CCGCCUGAGAGGUGAACAGUGUGAACAGUGUGGGAAUGCAGAAGGAUUAUCAUCUGACCUUAACCAGAGGAGACUAAGCAACCAGACCGUUCACUUUGCUGCACUCGCACUACGAUGCCUUUGAGGUUAUAAUGUCUGCCCUGAAGCACGUCAUCCUGCAAGAUAAAGACCAGGACGUGGAGAAGAAGAAGCAGCUGGACUGGAGUUACAUUGAGGAGUGGGCUGAGAAUGAAGUGGUCACCGCGACGACAGGUGUGGCGACCGCGCAGACGCAAACGGACGAGGAGCGGACUUUUGAGCACAAGGAGACUCAGACCAGCAGCCCGGUGAUCAUGCACAUCGACCUGACGCGGACACACUCCAAGCUGAGACACUCGUCCCUGUCGGACCCCUUUUUUCAGUUCGACCGGCAGGCCCCCGGGCGCAUCUCCACGUCCCCGACGCUGAGGAGGAUGAGGAGCACCAGGCGUCCUCUGUCGGACACCUGGGAGACCGUCCCGAUGGGGAGCACCCGGGAGGAGUCUCCCUCUGUGAGCCCCUUCUCCCCAGUCCACAAAGUCAAGUCCCCUCUCGCAGCCAGCCCCCUCUCCGACGGAGAGAUCCAUCUGACACACUCAACAUCCGGCCGACAGAGAACCAGAUCACAUAGAUCCAAGACUUUAGACAACGGCAUCACCUCCAAGAGACAAGAAUGUAGCAGCGCUCAUCCUGCAGGUCUUAAAGACUUUGGAUUUACUGACACUGAAGUAAAGCAGGAGAAGGAGCUCAAUAGGCUCCAGGAGAGGAGGCGGAGCUCCGUGGUGGUCAGCCUCCCAGGAUUGGACGUUUCACCAGGAGACCUUUUUGUAUCCAACGGAGCAGCUGACAUUUUAAAUGGAUCAAACUUCUCUGAUUCUAAGAAGUCAAAGUGGCCUUUUUCAAGGCGCAGCACAACUAAAGGGAAGCCACAGAUGUGCACGGCGUCAGAUGUUGAAAAAUAUCUCUCAACAUCACAAAUCCAAGACUGGAGGAACUCCGACCUCCAGCGCUUUAAGGACUUCUCUCUGGCCGAGUUCCUGCGGGACCAGUCCUCCCAGGUGAGCGCCGACUCUGACCCUCAGGGCUUCAAGAGACAGGAGACCAUCUGGGAACUUUUCACCAGCGAGUGUGUCUACUUCCUGGAUCAGCUGAUGGUGCUCAAAGAGGUGUUUCUGGCCACGCUCACAAACCUGCAGGUGAGGAACUGCCUGACUGAUGUCGACUCCUGGAGGCUGUUCGCGAACCUCAAUGAGCUCUGCCUGGUGAGCUUUGGUUUCCUGAACAACCUCCUGCGUGUCAUCAAGGACAUGUUGGAGAUUAGUGAGGGUGGCGUGCCCACCCUGCUGGAGCUGCUGAGCAAGGCUUUCCGGGAGAGCGUCUGCCACUGCUUGCAGAAGUACUGCCUCAACUACUCCACGGCUCUGCUUUAUCUGGACAGCCUGAAGUCCCGGGAGGACUUUGGAUGCUACGUGAAGUGGUGUGAGAGGAACGAGCAGUGCCGGAGGCUGCAACUGCGUGACCUGCUGGUGGCGCCGCUGCAGAGGCUAACUCGAUAUCCGCUGCUGCUGCGGAAUAUUGCAAAGAGAUGCCAGGCGGAGGACGAGACCAGAGGCCUGCAGGUUAUCGCGGAGCAAGUGGACACAUCUAUAUGUGAUUUAGAAGGAAAGGUGAAGUGGCUCGACAACUACCAGAAGGUGAAACAGCUGAGAGACGCCCUGGUGUGGCUUCCUGUGUGGGAGAGAGACAAGCGGGCCUUCGUCCCUGAGAACCUGAAACAUCUGUUAAAGGCCGUCACUCUGGAGAAUCUCAUCUCGCACAGAAGUCUGCUGCACGACGGGAAACUGGUGCUCGUAGAGAACACGAAGCUGGUCGACGUUUACCUGUUCCUGUUCGACGAAUUCCUGCUGAUCACAAAGAUAAAGAGGAACAAGAAGAGGUCCGUCGGUCCGGAGCAGAAUCCUCUGAGGCCGCCUCUGAACAUGGAGCUGGGCCAGCUGCUUAAGGAGGGGUCCACCUUCACAGUUCUGGACCAGCCCGUCUCCCUGGACCGACUUCAGCUGAAGAACAUCGAUCAGCUCAACGCAUCGACAUCAGGUCUGCCUCAUUCAUUCAUCAUCAUGCACCAGAACCGCUACCAGCAGUGUAUCGGUGUGUUCAUCCUGCAGGCUCCAUCAGAAGCUGCCAAGAGAGUGUGGAUGUCAAAGAUAGAGGGCGCUGUGACGGCGCUGCUGAAGCUGGACUCUGAGCAGCCGCGGGUCAAGAGCUCCUCCCUGUGGCUGGAGUCUUCACAGAUCUGAGCCAUCAUCAACUCCUCUGCUGUCAACGUGCACUUCACUGUCUCCUGACACUCUGUAAAUAACAGUACCAGCACUAGAAUCCUUUUUUCAAACUAAAUGUUUUGCCUUUAAUGGCAGCUGCUGCAUUAGUGUAAAAUAAAUAUCUGAUUAUAUUUUCAAA